AAAUGGAAUACGUCGAGCUCUUAGCAGCAGAAAAACAUCAGGUUGAAGCCCUUAAGAACAUGCAGCAUCAAAACAAAAGCCUGUCAAUGCUGGAUGAAAUUCUAGAAGAUGUCAGGAAGGCAGCUGAUAGAUUGGAAGAAGAAAUAGAAGAGCAUGCCUUUGAUGACAACAAAUCUGUAAGAGGUGUAAACUUUGAAGCAGUUUUAAGGGUGGAAGAAGAUGAAGCCAACUCCAAAAGCAAUGCUUCAAAAAGAGAAGUAGAGGAUGACUUAGGUCUUAGCAUGCUUAUUGAUUCCCAGAACAAUCAGUAUAUCCUUACCAAGCCCAGAGAUUCAACCAUUCCUCGUGCUGAUCAUCAUUUCAUAAAGGAUAUUGUGACAAUAGGAAUGUUGUCUUUGCCAUGUGGCUGGCUGUGCACAACAAUAGGAUUGCCAACCAUGUUUGGGUAUAUCAUUUGUGGAGUACUCCUGGGACCAUCAGGACUAAAUAGUAUAAAGUCUAUUGUACAGGUGGAGACACUAGGAGAGUUUGGUGUAUUCUUCACUCUCUUUCUAGUUGGUCUGGAAUUUUCUCCUGAAAGAUUAAGAAAGGUAUGGAAAAUAUCUUUGCAAGGACCUUGCUAUAUGACGGUUCUGAUGAUUGCCUUUGGUCUGCUGUGGGGACACCUGCUACAAAUUAGACCAACACAAAGUGUCUUCAUUUCCACUUGUUUAUCUUUAUCAAGCACGCCAUUGGUGUCAAGAUUUCUUGCAGGUAGUGUUCGAGGUGAUAAAGAAGGGGAUAUUGACUACAGCAGCGUACUACUUGGCAUGUUGGUGAUGCAGGAUGUGCAGCUUGGUUUAUUUAUAGCUGUCAUGCCUACACUUAUUCAAGUAGGAGUGAGCACAUAUUCCAGCAUUUUCAAGGAAAUACUGAGAAUACUGAUACUGAUUGGCCAAAUUCUCUUUACUCUGGCUGCUGUUUUUCUUAUAUGUCUUGUUAUAAAGACUUACCUCAUAGGACCAUAUUAUCGCAAGUUGCAUGCAGAAAGCAAAGGGAAUAAAGAAAUCCUCAUCCUAGGAAUAACUGCAUUCAUCUUCCUUAUGUUAACGAUCACAGAGCUGUUGGAUGUUUCAAUGGAGCUGGGAUGCUUCUUAGCUGGAGCUCUGAUCUCUUCUCAGGGUCACAUGGUUACUGAGGAGAUUAUGUCCUGUAUUGAACCAAUACGUGACUUUCUUGCCAUCAUUUUCUUUGCAUCCAUAGGACUUCAUGUUUUCCCCACAUUUGUUAUAUAUGAACUUACAGUCUUACUAUUCCUUACAUUGUCUGUGGUCAUAAUGAAGUUUGUCUUGGCAGUGCUUGUCCUUUCUCUGAUUCUUCCAAAGACCAGCCAGUAUAUCAAGUGGAUUGUCUCAGCAGGACUGGCACAAGUCAGUGAAUUCUCUUUUGUUCUGGGAAGCAGAGCACGUAGAGCGGGGAUCAUAUCUCGGGAGGUCUAUCUGCUUAUUCUGAGUGUGACUACUCUGAGCCUUCUACUUGCCCCUGCCCUGUGGAGAGCUGCCAUUAUGAAAUGUGUUCCAAGACCUGAAAGACGCUCCAGUACUUGAUUAAGAUUUGCACAUAUACAAGUAUCCAUCUUCUUGCAAGGAAUAUCGUUGUUGCUCAUUGUAUUUCUAUGCACUCAGAAGACAAGAGGUUUUGAGUAGUCAGUCCUCUUAACGUGCACUUGGUUAUAAGCCUUAUACAGACCUAAAUACAAAACAUGAUUCAAUAUUAAAAAUAUAGUUAUGUAAUUUGAAUUGCACAACUUUUACAAAAUUUACUUGCAGAGAGAUUAGAAUCUGCCAGAAUAUUUGUUUCUCAUCCAAUCAGUUAUUCAGGGCAUAAAUUAUUUUUUUAAAAUACAGCAUCAUGCAAACU